UUUUGGAUCCGGUUCGCGGUAAAAUACCCACUCCCUAGAAAACGGGUUCAGACUUCAGAGGCUCCAUUUCAAGACCGCCGCCCUUUCAAUUCUGAACGACGACGUUUCCGUUAGGUUCACAGAUUAUAAACACAGCCUUGGUUUCAUUACUACUUCCCUUCUUCUGUUCUGGGUUUGAUUUUUAAAAGGACAAUAAUCAUUUUCUUUGUGCUCUCCGCGGCCGAUGAACUUUCUCAAUGUACUUUUGCCUGCCAAACGUGUAGUUGGUGGUGUUAACAAGCGCUGUAGAGCAAGAUGUUCUUCCUUUUUCCAUUCAUCAACAGAAUCCUCAGUGGAAGUUCAUUCUCAGGAGCAGGAAGUAGUCAUUGCUCUGGGAAGCAAUGUCGGUAACAGAGUUUAUAAUUUUGAUGAAGCGUUGCUGUUGAUGAAGAAAUCUGGAAUAAAUAUCACAAGGCAUAGUUGCUUGUAUGAAACUGAACCGGCCUAUGUAACUAAUCAACCUUGCUUUCUCAACUCUGCAGUUAGAGGUGUUACAAAACUUGGGCCACAUGAACUCUUGAGGACACUAAAGAAAAUUGAGAAGGACAUGGGUCGCACUGGUGGUAUAAGGUAUGGUCCAAGGCCAAUUGAUUUGGAUAUAUUGUUCUAUGGAAGAUUCAGUAUUCAUUCUGAGGUACUUAUGGUCCCUCAUGAGAGAAUUUGGGAGAGACCAUUUGUGCUAGCCCCAUUGUUAGAUUUAAUGGGAUCAGCUGUUGAAAGUGAUACAGUUGCUUGCUGGCAUUCAUUUUCACGACAGCCCAGUGGCCUUUUUGACAUGUGGGAGAAAUUGGGUGGUGAUUCCCUGAUCGGAAAGGAAGGAAUAAAAAGAGUUUUACCCUUAGGAGAUCGCUUAUGGGACUGGUCUCAGAAGACCUCUGUCAUGGGUAUCCUUAAUUUGACCCCAGAUAGUUUUAGUGAUGGAGGAAAGUUCCAAUCAGUGGAUGCUGCAGUUUCUCAGGUUCACUUGAUGAUAUCAGAAGGAGCAGAUAUGAUUGAUAUUGGUGCACAAUCCACACGGCCUAAUGCCAUUCGAAUUUCUGCUGAAGAAGAAUUAGAGAGAUUGAUCCCUGUUUUAGAAGCUAUUAAAAAAAUGCCUGAGACGGACGGGAAGCUCAUCUCUGUUGAUACUUUUUAUUCAAAAGUUGCUUCAGAGGCAGUUAGCAACGGGGCUCAUAUUGUUAAUGAUGUCUCUGCUGGGCAGUUUGACCCUGACAUGUAUGGGGUUGUUGCUGGUCUUAAGGUUCCAUAUGUUGCAAUGCAUAUGAGAGGACCAUCCACAAUGCAGAACGAGGAGAACUUGAAGUAUGAUGACGUUUGUAAGCAGGUUGCUUCUGAGUUGUACUUGAGAGUUAGGGAUGCUGAAUUAUCAGGUAUCCCAGCUUGGAGAAUUAUUAUUGACCCUGGAAUUGGAUUUUCAAAGAACGAACAUAAUUUGGACAUUCUUCUUGGGUUAUCAGCCAUACGAAAAGAGAUUGCAAGUAAGAGUUUGGCUGUGUCUCAUUCUCCUGUGUUGAUUGGACCUUCCAGAAAGAGAUUUUUAGGUGAAAUUUGCAAUCGUCCUGCUGCUGUUGAGAGAGAUCCUGCAACUGUUGCUUCCAUUUCUACUGGGGUUUUAGGAGGUGCAAACAUUGUAAGGGUACAUAAUGUGAGAGACAAUUUAGAUGCCGUGAAGCUCUGUGAUUCAAUGUUAACACGCAGGAGAUCUCGUGGUUGAUUAAGAUUGGAUGAUUUUUCGAUUGUUCUUCGUUCUAUUUCCGACCAGUUUGAGUCAUUGAUUCAAGACAAAAGGCUAUGACGAUGAUAAGGCCAUAAGUGGGACCAUGAGAUCCUCAUUAAAUAUCAGCUAAACACAGUCGUGUGUACUCAAAACAGCACAUAAAGUUUCAGCAUUAAUUUUUGUUUUUUUUUUAACUCUUUUAUCACCAAGCUCUCAUCAACUUUUUCUGUAACAUUUUUACUUUAAAGCAAUAUGCAACUUUGUAAUUCACCGCAAAUUCAUAUGUACUUCGUAAUUGGAAUUUUGGAACAACCGAAUUCAGUGAAGAUACUUUAGUUGAUUUGAGGAA